UAAUGAGCAUAAUACAACAUGUUGAUCCCACCUAUAAUAUUGUUUAUUUGGUAGUUAUAACAAACCAGCAUAAUUUACUAGAUAGAACUUAUGUGCAAGAAGCAUCAAAAACUCUGCUUAUUAGUCAUUCUUUCAAUAUUUGUUGUUGAAGAAGCUAGUCAUGGCAACAAAUAGUGUAAAGCUUCUAGGUACAUGGGCAUGCCCGUAUGUGUAUCGCGUUGAAAUAGCCCUCAAGAUGAAGUCUAUUGAGUAUGAGUUUAUACAAGAACGUGUGUUUAACAAAAGUGAGUUGCUUCUCAAAUCCAAUCCUGUUUACAAGAAAAUCCCAGUUCUGUUCCACGACGAGAAGCCUAUCUGUGAGUCCCUUGUCAUCCUUCAGUACAUCGAUGAAGCUUGGCUUAAUGGUCCCGCCAUUCUUCCUUCUGAUCCCUAUGAUCGUGCCAUAGCACGAUUUUGGGCAGCCUAUAUAGAUGAAAAGUGGUAUCCAUUGGUAGCGGAUUAUAGGAACGUGGAAGGAAAGGAAGCAAAAGCAGCUAUGGUGGAGAAAAUUUCUGAAGGGACUUUGCUGCUGGAGGAAGCUUUUAUCAACAUGAGCAAAGGUAAAUCUUACUUUGGUGGAGAUAGUAUUGGUUAUGUUGACAUUGUUUUUGGUAGUUUACUCGGAUGGGUUAAGGUAAUCGAGAUCGUGGAUGAAUUGAAGAUACUAGACGAAACAAAGACGCCUAGCCUAGCUGAAUGGGAUGAGAAAUUUUGCUCGCACAAUGUCGUAAAGGAUAUCAUUCCAGAGACUGAAAAACUUGUGGAAAUUUAUCACAAGUAUGUCGAGUUGAAGAAAGCUAACUUGAGUUGAUAAUGUUGCUGAUUUUUCUUUAUCUGUGCUUUGAAAAAUAAUAAAAGACGUUUGUUAUCAAAAAUAUUACGUUCAGUUGAACUCGUAUACCUCAUCUAAGGUUCAUCCCCUUUUGAAUAGUUCUAAUAAAAUUUGCUUCAAAUCA